AUCUCACAGUUUUCCUGCUCAUCCCAGAUUCAGGGCAAACGGGUUCAUCCAUCCCCCCAGAGCAGCUGUGGGACAGAGCUGGCCAUGAAGUCUUGGGACCCAGAUCUCCACUGUCGCUGAUGCUGUGACCAAACCCUUGGCAGCCCUAUGCCCUACAGCCAUCACCAACAUCCUCAUGCCCUGCCUCUGCUUGCCUUGGGACUGUGUGCAGCCGCCAUGAGAUGCAGGUGAACGCAGGUGAUGCAGGUGAAUGUGCCCUGUGACGCCCUCUGCCUAGCUCACCUUGACGCUAGGUACCAUGCGCUGCCAUAAUUCUUCCAGUGGCUUUUCGAAUAACUCUCUCCAGCCUUGCCGGGAAUACCAGAAUGUCCACCCCGUGCACAUGGUGGCUUACAGCGUGGUGCUGGCCACCGGGCUGCCUCUCAAUGCACUGGCGCUCUGGAUCUUCACACGUGCCAUUCGCGUGCGGUCAGUGGUGAGCAUCUACAUGUGCAAUCUGGCCACCAGCGACCUGCUCUUCACACUCUCGCUGCCCAUGCGUCUUUCCUACUACGCACUGCACUACUGGGCCCUGCCGGACUUCAUGUGCCGGGCAGCGGGUGCCAUCUUCCAGAUGAACAUGUACGGCAGCUGCAUCUUCUUGACCCUCAUCAACGUGGAUCGCUACGUCGCCAUCGUGCACCCGCUGCGGCUGCGGCACCUGCGGCGGCCCAGCAUAGCGUGGCUGCUCUGUCUGGGCGUGUGGACGCUCAUUCUGGUGUUCGCUGUGCCCACCUUCAUGGUGCACGCGCCCUCGUACUGCUGGGAGGGCGACAAGGAGAAACGCCAGUGCUUCGAGGGCUUCAGCGACGACGUGUGGAAGGGCGCGCUGCUGCCGCUCGUGCUGCUGGCGGAGGCGCUGGGCUUCCUGCUGCCCCUGGUGGCCGUGGUCUACUCGUCGUUCCGGGUCUUCCGGACCCUGGCGCGGCCCGACGCCACGCGGAGCCAGCGGCGGCGGAAGACCGUGCGCCUCCUGCUGGCCAACCUCGCCAUCUUCCUGCUGUGCUUCGUGCCGUACAACGCUACGCUGGCGGUGUACGGGCUGCUGCGCGGCUGCCUGGUGGAGGCUCCCCUGGACACCAUCAGGCGGGUGCGCGGCGUGCUGAUGGUGAUGGUGCUCUUGGCCGGCUCCAACUGCGUGCUGGACCCGCUGGUGUACUACUUCAGCGCCGAAGGCUUCCGCAACACCCUGCGCGACCUGGGCACUCCGCUGCGCGCCGCCACCUUGGUCACCAACGGCGUUCAGGGAACGCUCGCCACGAAGCCCUCCGAGAGCACCUACAUCGACAGCUUGCUUCCCGCCAGCCAGGAGCAGCUCAGGGCCUCCGAAUCAGACCCCAAGGAGGCCCUCAACCUGCCCACCACGGACUCAGCCCUCUAAAGGCAAAUCGAUCCAGGGCGUCGUGACCACCCAGCCCCUGGCGCCUCUCGCACUCAGACGUGCGCUGGACACUUGAACUUCUGGAUGGCAGCUCCAGCUCAUAAAUGCAGAACAAAGUGUGGGUGCAGGGGGGCACAGGGAAGGAAAUACAUACUUUAAAUUGGCGGGUAUGGUGAUCCUGGUUGGGGAGGACCCCCGGCGCCCCCCCCCCCAAGUCGUAGGGGGCGAUGCUGCCAUCGCAGACACAGAAGACUGAAUAAAUGCCCUUGACAAGGACAUGAAACACUCCCCGAAGCUCUACAUGGAGCAGAAAACGGGACUCUGGACUUAGAAGACCCCAGUAGUCUUAGGACCUUGAACGCCAGUUCGCUGGUUUCACCAGGGCUUCCUUUGCCGACUGGGAGGAGUGGUGCAAGAGGCUAUCUGAUACUCCCUGCAUCGUUUUCUUUCUUGUUUGGUAACAAUUUAGAUUUCACAGUCAGCAUGAGGGCUGCACAAAACCGGUCCUUUUUCCCGCCCAGACACCCCUGUUCCCCUUUCUAGGUGACUGCUUUGUCUACCACUUCCCUUCCCUUGUAGGAUAGUCUCCAUUCUAAAUCCUAAUCUCUCUCUCUCUCUUCUUUCAGAAGACAGAGAAAAUUCUUUGUACUAAAGUUCUCAGUCUUUUUUGGUCUCAAACAACUCUUGCACUCUUAAAAACUGAGCAUUCCAGAGAGCUUUUGCUUAUAUGCUGUUCUUUUGAUGUUCAUGAUAUUAGAAAUGAAAACAAGGAAGUUUGCAAAACAAAUACACAAGUACACACUCCAUUCGCUGUGAGAGCAAUAAUGUCCACAAAGCCACUGGAUACUUCGCUGUGUGGAGAGUGACAUCCUACCAGUAGUAUUAUGAAAAUAGUUUGACGCCAUGGCUGUCCUCAGUUGAUCUCCAGAUCACACUUGGAGAACCAUACCUGUACCCAAGUAUUAGACUUCCCAAGCCUUUACAUACAGUAUUUUGUUCUGUUUUGUUUAUUCCUGCAGGGAGAGAGCAAAGCUGAACAAGUCAAUUAUCAUUAAGAUAUGGGGUGCACAACCUUGCACUUCCAGGAGCCCCAACCCCCAGAUAGGGGUGGAACUAACCCCAAGAACGCU